GCGUCUUCCUUUGAGAGUUGAGAGCCCACGUCAGCUUUCUGUAAUAUCGCAUUCCGGGCAACUUGCAGCCUUUUGCCCCUUUUUCGCAUAACCUAAAUUUGGUCAGAAUCCUCCUCCGCCUCCUGGUCUUCAAUCGAAUUGGUCCGAAUCCAACGUCGAAAUCGAUCGAAAUAUCUCACCUUUGUCGUCUUCAUGCUUCCUCUCGAUCCAUCAUGGAUCUGGACACGCUAUCCCCACCUGGCCCCUCCUCCUCCUCCUCUUUCUCCGCGGCUGCUGCCGGCCGCCUAUGCCCCUGCGCCUGCCCCUUCUGCUGCCGACCUUCCUCCCCCUCCUGGCGACGCUCCAUGAAGCGCCGGCUCGACCCCGACGCGGCCGAUCACGGCCCCGCCCGGGUGGAGGUCGAGGACGAGGUGGCUGUCCUCCGAGAGGCCGUGGCCAGCCAACAGGAGACAAUCCAGGAGCUCUGCGCGGAGCUCGACGAAGAGCGAAACGCCGCCUGCUCGGCCGCGAGCGAGGCCAUGUCGAUGAUCCUCCGUCUCCAGCGCGAGAAGGCCGAAGCGCAAAUGGAGGCCCGGCAGUUCAAACGCUUUGCCGAGGAGAAGAUGGACCACGACCAGCAGGAGCUGAUCGCGCUCGAGGACCUCCUCUUCAAGCGCGAGGAGGCCGUCCAGUCUCUCACCUUCCAGAUUCAGGCCUAUAGGCACCUACUUCUGGGCUACGGUAUCGACCCUGGCGCAGUCGACGUUGCCCCCUCUGGUGGCUCUGUGAACGACGAGCCCGAGACCCCUCAGUCCAACGAGAGUCCCACCUUUGAAUACACUCCUUUGAAGUGCACCUUAACCAAUGGUGUCGAACGCGAAGAGGAUUAUCUCGAUGAGGCUGCUGAUCUUGAAAAAUAUGCGUUCGGUGAAACGCCACAUGGCAGAGAGGACCUCGAGAAUUUGGAGCAGCGGAUUUGUCAGCUUGAGGCAUUGCCGGACACCAGCAGCAUGCUGGAGAAGGGCAUCAUCGAGGAGCCACCGGGAUCAUCGAGCCAUUUCAGGCGAUCAUCCACCCAUAGCUGUGACUCAGUUAUGGGCAUGACUUCACAAGAACCAAUGGAAGGGGGAGAAUUCCCUGCCUCGAUGGACAGGCCAUUGGACGACGGUGGUGACACUGAUGGCAUGAGCGAUAGGGUGUACACAAUUGAUUCAGUGCAUGGGGUUCCAAUGGUCCAUUCCUCCGAGGAUGGCAUGGAGAAGGGGAAGAGAGGGGAAAUAGAUGGAGGGGCAGAUGGUGGGAGUCCAGAUAUAAAGAAUCUGUACACGAGGUUGCAGGCGCUUGAGGUAGACAGAGAGUCGAUGAGGCAGGCUAUAAUGUCGAUGCAAACUGAGAAGGCACAAUUGUUGUUGCUCAGACAUAUAGCACAGCAGCUGCAUAAGGAAGUCUCUCCUGAGAGGAGAAUCACCAAAAAGAAAUCUUCAAUUACAAAUUUCUCUAUUGUUUCCAUGCUUAAGAAAACACAAAACAAACACUACACUACCAAAUGGGAGGAUACAUGUUCAGUGAUACAAAAGGACCCUACCCUUGGGAUAUAUAUCCCAGUGAUUCUUUAGCUCAGCGAGUUGGAUGCUAGAAGUUCAUGAUCCAUGACAACUCCAUGUGGUCAUAACUUAGGUCUUUGAAGAUGUGCAAAUGAAAGGCUAGAACUUUCAACUUAAUGUUUUGUUUACUUCACUUCUUUACUAAUUGUUCUUUUUUUCUUGAUGCAAUCUCUAUUGUUGGCUUGCUCAACCUUUCAAAUAUCAUUGUCAUGAUCUGGUGAAGUUCUAAUAUUUUGCCGAUCUCUGUUGGAUUCUUCAAAUCUUGAAGACCCACUGUUCGUGGAAGACAUAAAACUGUAAUUUGUGAAAGUUAUUUUGCACGCAUCUUGAUAUAUACUGCAUAUUUGCUUGAAAGCUCCAUUGUUAUAGUUCAAGAAUCAUAAUUCCUUGUUCUAUAGUAUCGUUGCCUUGAAGUUAAAAGGUUCUUGUUG